UAGGAGCGUACUGGUGGAAGUGCCGGAAUGGCACGCUGCACGGUUUAAUUCAAAAGAAUAUUCCAACACAAAAAUAAAUUUAAAUAUGAACCAAAUAAUUUCACCUUCUUUCUCAUUUAAAAAAUUAUAAAAAAAAAACAACCCUAAAAUUAUGUCGCCGCCGCAGCCUAACGGAAAACCCCAACAACCGAUUUCCCGGCGAAUUGUCCGAAUUACCGUUACUGACGCCGACGCUACCGACUCUUCCAGCGACGAAGAAGCGGCCCCUCCGAAGAAAAUCCAAAAGCGACCGAAGAAAAAGCUUGUCAACGAAAUCACUAUUGGAGUUUCGACAAAAGAGAACGACGUAAUAGCUGGGUCGAGCCACAGCAAGGUGAAGAGGUACCGAGGGGUUAGACAAAGGCCGUGGGGGAGAUGGGCGGCGGAGAUUAGGGACGGAAGGAGGAUGAGGCUUUGGCUGGGGACUUUCGAUACGGCGGAAGAAGCUGCCGUUGCUUAUGAUCAAGCGGCGGUUAAGCUGCGUGGACCUAACGCUCCUACUAACUUUAAGUUGCUUGAUUGCAACGCUGUUCAGUCCUGAAUUUUCUGUAAAUGUUAACCUUCUUUAUCCCCUUUUGCCCUUUGGUGUUCUCGAUGUUUAUGUUAUUAGGGCUUUUUAGUUUUUGUAUCUUUGACUUUAUGCAUGUAAUAACCUGCGAACAUUUGUUCCUCUUGUUUUCUCCUUCAUCGGAUCAUGAUAUUGUACAUCUUUUUUAACACCA